ACUAAAAAAUAUCUAUAAUAUUAAUUACGCAUAUAUUUAUAAUAAGAGAUAAUUCUACACAUUGGUAUUUAUAUAAAAUUAAGAAAUGUUUUUCGAAAAACCCGUUUUGAACACAGAAAAGUUUUACACGUCUACGGACUUGUUGAAAUACGUGGAAUCCAUAUUGAGAUAUUCUAGACUGAAUGAAAGAAGGCGUGUAUACAGAUCUAAUUACAGCUGGCUCGCGUCUAGAAGCUUCUGCGAGCCAUUAACGAGGAAUGAGUUGGACAAAUUCAAAUAUGUCGUCCACAAGCUGACAUCAGAAAACUGUGCAGUCGUCGCUGUUAAGCUUCAAUCGAUCACAGAAGAGGAAACCUCAACAGCCGCCAUUUUGAGUGCCUUCGAGAAACUUCUCGAAGAGCAGUACAACAUACAACUGAUGGAGAGUAACGUGAAACGUGCGAAAGAGACAACGAUCAUUGGAAAGAGAAAGAUGAAUAGAGUAUGCCCAGAGUUAUUACCGCCUGGACGUCGGCCUACUGUUUCUUUUAUUUUGAACUAAAUAGAGAACAAUCAAUAACAAUAAUCUAAUAUAUAAAAUUCUCGUGUCACGGUGUUUGUUACCAAACUCCUCCGAAACGGCUUUACUGAUUUUCAUGAAAUUUUGCACGAGCAAUAACCGGUAACCGUCGCCUAUAGACAUGAGCAGUAGCAUGGACAUAACAGAGUAUACUGUUUCGCCCAUGAUACCCCCCACGCGUUGACAUUCCUGAGGACUCAGGUGUUAUUCCUCUGCACCCUAUAAAUUCACUGCCAUAUCUCACUCUUCAAAGCGAAGCACAGCCAUGCAAACACAACUGCUUCACGGUAGGAACACGAAUGGGACAGAGGUACUCAAGCAAACGACUUUUGUACAGUCUCCCUCUGGUAAAAAUAAUAUUUGAAAAAAGACAUUUGAAAAAUAAAAAUAAAUCUAUACAUACAUACAUAUCUGUCACGCCUGUCUCCCAUUAGGGUAGGCAGAAACAAUGGAACGCCAAAUGCUUCGAUUCAAACAAACCUCUUUCGCUCCUUCCACAUUCAUCAAUCUUUUCAUACACGCUCGCCGGUUACGGGUACUUUUAAUUCGGCCCUUCUUCAGCACGUCGCCUAUUUGGUCGACAUACGUCCGUCUAGGGCGGCCCCUACCGACAUCUCCAUUCAUUCGUGCUCAAAUUCAAAUUCAAAUUCAAAAAUCAUUUAUUCAUGUAGGACAUUUUAGCCGCUUAUGAACGUCAAAUUUAUAUCUAAAUCUCUUAUCUUCUUCGAUAUCUUAGCUCGAUAAAUCUCUUUCGUAAUUCUUCUUUCAUGCAUCUUUUCCAAAUAACUUGUAUUAAUUUUUUUUUAAUGGAUAACAACAGAAUAGU